AGCGUACAAUAUUUUUUUCAUGGAAACUUCAGGUUCUGCUUCGUUGAACAUUCGUCAAGCAUGUGCAGUCGAAUCGACUGCAAGACAUCACCCUUCAUUCCUUAUUAAAGUAUUAAUGUUUACUUCACAUUCAGACAUAAAGAUUAAUUUUGAAAUACUACCUAAUGUAAUAAUACAGCGGGAAAAUUUCGAAAAAUUAUUUCAAAAUACGCCAUUGUUGGAAUGGUAUCGUCAAAAAAAGUGGAAUCAAAGUAGUUAUAAAAUAUAUCAUCUCAGUGAUGCCACUCGGUACGCUUUAAUUUGGAAAUAUGGUGGAAUAUACUUGGACCUAGACAUUGUCAUGCUGAAAACUUUUCCGUCUUAUAAGAAUUUCGUGAUUAGGGAAAGUAGUAGUCAAUUGUGUAAUGGUAUUUUCGCAAUGGAGCGCAACCACACCAUACUUUAUAAGUGUAUGGAAUACAUCAAGCAAUCAUACGAUAGUAAUUGUUUUGCUUGCAUCGGUCCGUUAUUAUUUACAAAAGAAAUCUCUUCCUUCUGCCACCAAGAAAUUGUAGAUGACAUGCCAAAACAGCUCGAUUGCAAUAUUACAGUUUUCGACCCAAUAACAGCUUUCCCUGUAUAUUACACCGAAUGGUGCGAUUAUUUCUCGUCUUCUUCAGCAGAAAAUGUUUUACAGCGAAUGAAUAAUAGUGUACUGAUCCACGUGUGGAAUAAAUUGUCAAAAAACGAAAAAUUAAAACCAGGUUCGGGUAGUGCGUAUGAAUUAUCAAUGGCAACUCAUUGUCCUCUUGUUUAUGAAAAGACUGUUCACAUGGGAAGUUUAUAGUUAACCUUAUAAUUAUUAAUUUUACGUUUGAUAUAUCGAUUCGAAUGUGACAUCCUGCUUUGGUUACAUACUGACUCGUUUGCAAUUUACAAAUUGAAAAGUGUUUACAUUUUUCUUGAGGGGACGACAGAUUUGUAAUUGAAAUUUACUUAUUGUUGCAUCACAUUGUUAAAAAUAUU